CCCACUUCUUCCUCCUCGUCCUCCUCCCUCCCUCUCUAUCUCUCUCUCACACGGCCAAGUUUUCAAAGAACCGGCACAACUCUUGUUAAUUAGAUUUUUAGUUUAAAAGGAGGCAGCUUUUUGUGCAAAGCUUUGAACUUUUUGUUUAAAAGAACGAGUUUUGUUGGACUUUUGAUUGCAAGGAUUUAAUUUUGAUCCAUUACGCCGUUUCGAUUCGAAAAAGUGGUUUUUUAGGCAGAGGAUCAAGUGGGUUUUCUUGUUUUCGUUGUGAAAUCUCGGAAAAAGGGCGUUUGAUUCGACAUGGCCAAGGCAUUUGCAUCCCAGAGUGGUUUCUGCAUUUCUUCUGGGUUGGAUGAAAUUGCAGUUGGCUCCAAAUCCCCCAAAGGGGAAUUCAGGGUUUCUCCCUCCUUCAGUACCUCACAAUUUAAGGAUGCAAAUUCAAGAGCUUUUCCUUCAUUGAGUGUUGAUUUCUUGGGAAAACCCAUGACUCUCUCAGAUCACAAGGGUUUUGAGAAUUGGAGGGUCAGAAAACCUAGCAAUUUCUCUGUGCAUGCUCAAGCAUCUGUCUGUGUAAGCAGAGCUAUGAGGUGGUGGGAAAAGACCCUUCACCCCAACAUGGUGGAGAUCCAUUCCGCUCAAGAACUUGUUGAUUCCCUGAAAAAUGCUGGGGACAGAUUGGUUGUAGUUGACUUUUACUCACCCGGCUGUGGAGGCUGCAGAGCUCUCCAUCCCAAGAUCUGUCAGCUGGCUGAAUCGAACCCGAAUGCGAUUUUCCUCAAAGUUAACUAUGAACAGCACAAGACUAUGUGUCAUGCUCUCAACAUUCAUGUGCUGCCGUUCUUUAGAUUCUUUAGAGGCGCAGAUGGUCGCGUGUGCAGCUUUAGCUGCACCAAUGCAACUAUUAAGAAAUUCAAAGAUGCAUUGGCGAAACACGGGUCCGAUCGUUGUAAUCUUGGGCCGGCGAAAGGGUUGGAUGAAUCUGAGAUACUAAAGUUAGCUUCAAUAGGUGAAAUAUCAACAACAACAUCAUCACCUUCCACGAAGGAAGAAAGAUUGGAGGAUCUGCUCACGAAAAGCGUUGAUUUUUUGGGUGUUUGGAACAAUGCAGGCCAUAGCAUAGAACUAGAGGAAGAAAAUUCCAUGGUGAAAGUUUAAAAGCAGCUUCUCUAGGGCAGUUUCCUACAUGGUGUGGUUGUACAUAGCUUUUAGCUUUUGGGUUUCCCAUAAGCAGGGGGCUCUGGCUUUUUUUACAUUGAGCCCUGCCUAGUUUGGUUAAAUCUGUUAUUUAGAUUGGAUGUUAUGAUUUGAUUAAUGAUUUUUAAUCAGAUCUAAAGCUUCUUGGCUUCAAAUUUGCCUCUUCUAUUAGAACAAGGUGUUCUGGA